AGGAAGGGGGUUUAUGUGAUUUCUGAUCGAAGAAGAUGAUAACCAACGCAAUGGCUCUGUUUCAGCAGGCUUUCUUCUCUGUUCCCGUGGCGCGUGUGAUUCACCGUCGCUCCCUGACUACCGCCGCCGCCGCACCCUCUCGAGCCGCAGCCGAUCGUGCCCCUCACGUGGACUCGCAUGUGCUCCUCGGAAUGUCGGAGAAGGAGCUUCAACAGGUCGCCGUUAACUUGGGUCAGGAAAGCUACAGAGGGAAGCAGCUGCAUCAUCUUAUAUAUAAGAGGAAGGUGAAAGAGAUUGAAGAUUUUAGUAAUUUGCCUCUAGCAUUUCGCAAAAAUCUUAUGGAAUCUGGAUUUAAGGUGGGAAGAUCACCGAUCUACCAAAAUGUCACCGCUGCUGAUGGAACCAUUAAGUUGCUACUGAAGUUGGUAGAUAAUCGUUUGAUUGAAACCGUUGGUAUACCAGUUAAAGAUGAAAAGGGUUCAAUGCGCCUUACUGCUUGUGUUUCUUCUCAGGUCGGCUGUCCAUUGCGCUGCUCUUUCUGUGCCACGGGAAAAGGAGGGUUUUCAAGGAAUCUUCAGCGGCAUGAGAUAAUCGAGCAGGUGUUGGCUAUCGAGGAGGUCUUCAAGGAGAGGGUGACAAAUGUGGUUUUCAUGGGAAUGGGUGAGCCAAUGUUGAACCUAAAGGCAGUACUCGAUGCUCAUCGAAGCAUGAAUAAGGAUAUUCUAAUCGGGCAAAGAAUGAUCACAAUUUCUACCGUGGGUGUUCCAAACACAAUCAAGAAGCUGGCCUCUCAUAAACUUCAGUCCACAUUAGCCGUGAGCUUACAUGCCCCAAACCAGGAUCUCCGGGAGAAAAUCGUACCGAGUGCAAAGGUUUACCCGUUGGAAGCACUUAUGAAGGAUUGUCGAGAUUACUUCCAAGAAACAAGCAGAAGAGUCUCCUUCGAAUAUGCCCUUCUAGCCGGAGUCAAUGAUUCAGUAGAGCAUGCGAAAGAACUUGCAGGGCUACUCCAUGAAUGGGGUCGAGGUCAUCACGUGAAUCUGAUUCCCUUCAAUCCAAUCGAAGGCUCAGAGUACCGACGACCUUACAGGAAAGCAGUUCAAGCAUUUGCAGCCGGGCUGGAAUCGAGUAAGAUAACGGUAAGCGUGAGGCAAACGAGAGGGCUCGACGCAAGUGCGGCUUGUGGUCAGCUCAGAAACAAGUUUCAGAAAAGCCCUUUACUCGACGAGACAGAUGCCUUACGACCUCAUCGGCCCGAUGCAGGUGAAGGGGAACUAGUUCUAUGUUGAUGUCUGGAUUUCGGAGGAAAUCUCAGGUUUUGUGUUUCGGGGUUUGGACAUGACAAGUUCCAAGUUCUUUGGAGCUGUUUGGUCUUGAACUUGAGGACUUGCAAGAUGAUACUCUCUGUGUGAAUGAACGCUGGAAUUCUGGUGAAAUGAUAGUGAACCAAGUGAUGGACCACUUUCUGAGAUGUAA